AUUUCCCUUCAUUUACCAAAAACCCUAGUUACUACUAAUUCGUCUCAUAUCAGCUUCCGCGCCGGCGCCCUCACUAAAAUCCCCCACCACCCUCACACCAAAAGAGCAACUUCAGAGAAGAACCUCAACCAAAAGCGAUGGCGGACAAGGCUGUUACCAUAAGAACGAGGAAGUUCAUGACCAACAGGCUCCUUUCGAGGAAACAAUUCGUCAUAGAUGUUUUGCAUCCUGGAAGACCUAAUGUUUCAAAGGCUGAGCUUAAGGAGAAACUGGCUAGGAUGUAUGAAGUGAAAGACCCGAAUUCAAUUUUUGUUUUCAAGUUCCGUACUCACUUUGGAGGAGGAAAGUCUACUGGGUUUGGGCUUAUUUAUGACUCGGUUGAGAAUGCAAAGAAGUAUGAGCCUAAGUACCGUCUAAUCAGGAAUGGACUAGAUACCAAGGUUGAAAAGUCUAGAAAGCAGAUGAAGGAAAGGAAAAACAGGGCCAAGAAGAUCAGAGGUGUAAAGAAGACCAAGGCUGGAGAUGCUGCCAAGAAGAAGUGAGAUCUUAUCAUCAUAGAUUAUGAGCUAGUUUCCUGCAGCAAUACAAUCAAUCCCCUAGUCAUUUACCUCUAUUUCUUUUUGUUAGCUACCGAACUUCAAAUGAAAUGCUGAGUUCCUUUCCAUUUUUAGUAUCCAUUUGAAUUUUGUGUUCUGCA